AUGACUUUUCUAAACCCUUGGCCCAUUCUCUCUAUUAUAUUCCUCUUAGUAAAUCCAAUUCGUGGCGUGGAUGAUCCCAAAAUCGCAAAAUCGUACACCACAUCGCACAAUACAAAUUCUUUAUUACACCGGGAACUAGAUCUGGAAAAUGGCGCGUCUUCAUUCCCGGCAAUGGUAGACGCCCUGGAAGUAAUGCAGUCGCUAUUCUGGGACCCAUCAAUCUCGACGUGGCCACUUGGAAUUGAUUGGACUAGAGCAACAUUUAAUACUCAUAUCCUCACGGCCUUGAGCGUGAUGGCUACAUACGAAAACUUUAAGUACCGUAGUGAAAUACCCAAGUAUUUCUCCGAAGCCGCGGCGUUUUAUACAGGUGAAAAUGCCACGUCUCUGGUGACUCAAAAAUACGAUGACCAGCAAUGGGUUAUUCUUGAAUGGCUCGAGGGCAUCAAGUUCAUCAACUUGUAUUCAGACACGGACGCAAGUUUUGAAGGACGGAGAUACAGGUCCGAAUUCGCACACAGGGCGCGAGUCUUUUGGGAUCUUGCCUCGCAAGGAUACGACACGACUCUAUGUGGCGGAGGCAUGCUCUGGACAAACCAGCUCGCCCCGUACAAGAACGCUAUCACCAACCAGCUGUUCGUGGCCUCGAGCAUAGGGAUGCAUCUCUACUUUCCUGGAGACUCGAAUCCGAAUCCCUCGUCCGUUCCAAACAGCACUUACAACUCCUCUCAGGCACUCCCGCCCGUCAACGCGCACGACUCGAGAUAUCUCAAGGCUGCAUUGGAGGAGUACCACUGGCUGUCUACAAGCAACAUGACGAAUGCCCAAGGACUAUAUGUUGACGGGUUUCACAUCACUAAUUGGACGAGCCCCACUUCUAUUGGAAGUGGAAAGUGCGAUGCAAGGGACGAGUCCGUUUACACUUACAACCAGGGGGUUCUCCUUUCCGGCCUCCGUGGACUCUGGGACGCAACCGGAAACGACACAUACCUCGCCGACGGUUACGGUCUGAUGAAAAGCGUCAUCAACGCAACGGGCUGGCAAUCCAGAUCCACAUUCACGUCCCACGGAUCAUGGGCUGGGCUAGGCUCAGAUGGCAUCCUGCAAGAUCUGUGCGAUGUAGACGGAAGCUGUAGUCAAGACUCGCAGAAUUUCAAAGCAAUAUUCUUCCAUCACCUCACCUUGUUCUGCGAGCCACUUGCAAUGGAUGAGAGGCAGCUGCAAAAAAGCCAUUAUUCGAACGACAGCGUCAUUUUCAUCGCAAGUUCCGCGCAAGCACAGCAUCACCAGACACGGUGCAAUAGCUAUGAGCCUUGGAUCCUACAUAAUGCUCGGCAUGCGUAUGCGACGAGGAACGCAACAGGUGUUUAUGGAGGGUGGUGGGAUGCAAAUGAGACAACUCCGACGGGCUGGACGAGUUCCUUGUCUGGGGCGGCAGAUGUGAUGAACAAAGGGAUUCCCCAGAAUCGUAUCUGGAGACUCCCGAGCAAUCCCCCGAUACCAACUGCUGGAAUGACGGCCGUGGUGAAUAGCUCAGCCCCGGAUCCGGACCUGAAUGAUAGAGGGAGGGGAAGAACUGUAGAGACGCAGAAUGGAGGGCUGGCUCUUAUGACUUGCUUGGUGAAUGCUCAGGAAGGCUAA